ACUGGAAAACCGAGUUUACUUCAGCCCUGAAGCAAGACAGCUAUACUCUUUCACGCUGUGUCAUUGUGCGAUUCACAACUUGUCUGUGCGGAGUUCAAAAUUCCCAAAAUAUUCUCUUCGAAUUGCUAGAUAUCGCGAACAGGAAUCGGCAUGUCUUGCGGUAACCACUAUCUGCCUAAGAAACAGAAUCAGGCCAACGUUCAGCCAAUUUACAUUCAUAUACCGCGCUCGAGAAUCAUCAUCUUGAAGCUGGGCAAGCAGUAUCGUCGUCUCUAUUUGGAUGUGCAGCCGACGACAAUGGCCGAGCGUCGGGCGCGCCUGGCGGAGGCUCAGAAGGCAGCGGCGAUUGUGCGUCAGGUAAAUCCGAAACCGAAAUAUACAGUAACCGUAAUAAUUGGACCCACCGAGGUGGUGUGCGACCUUGAGCUGCUGCAGAGCAAUUGCGACUUCUUUGCCCGGGGCAAGCAUGGCAUGGCCUACGGCCUGCCCGCCUGCGACGUCAGCCUGGAUGCCUUCAUGAUCAUCUACAAGUGGAUGGCGAAGCCGAACGAGAUCAUCUUGCCGCCGAUGCUGAUGAGCGUAUUCAAGGCGGCCAUGUAUCUGAAGAUCCAGGUGCUGAUCGAUCAGUUUAUGGUCGAGUUUCGUGAUCCGUAUACGGCACGCGAAGAGAUCGGCUUCCAUAUGUUCUUCGGCCUGCACAAGAUGAACGUCUAUGUGCCGUUCCGCAAAACGUUGCGCGUUCACAAAUAUUUCCUAACUCUGAUUGGCACACCAGAGUUCCUCAACCUGUGGCCCAAUGCGCUCGUCUCGCUGCUUGACUCGCCCUGCAUUUGCGUCAACUCCGAGGUGGAGGUGCUCAUCGCUGUCAUACUCUGGCUGUAUCACGACUAUCAGGCGCGCUGCUCCCACACCGACCAGCUGAUGAGCUGUGUGCGCUUCGAUAGCAUUCCGCUCGAGGCGGUGCUCCAGCUGCGCCAGCAGAGCGCGGUCACCGGCCUGGGCAAGCUGCUCUUUCGGCCAGAGAUCGAGAAGUUCUUGAAGCGCGCGCCGUCGCACAACAACAACAUACGCUACUGCAGUCGACGCAUCUGGAUCUACGAUCAGCUGUGCGAGUAUCAUCACGACGCCCACUGCCCCAAGCGCAACUUCAUCACGCUGGCCCAGUUCCACGACUACCAGGCCCUACUGCGCACUGCGCCCGAUCUCCACUGGUGGCAUCGCCAUCAGCUGAAUCCCUACGUGCACAACUGUCGCCACGAGAAGUGCCGUCGUCUCUCGGGUCCACAUGGACGUCGCUAAGCCGCGCCCAUGUGGUGAACAGACAGACCGAGAUGGUAAUAUAUAGGUAACACAGAAUCCAGUUUAAUUUCGCAUAUUUCUUUCAGCUAUCUGCACAUAGUUUUCAUUCACUUACAACACUUAAAUUUUGUUUUUCAACACUGGCUACCGGAGGGUAUUGCCAUACCAUAAUACACACCUGUGCAGCUAAGCAACUUCCUUCCCCCUAUACAACACUUGCUUUAACAGAGAUCUGUGUAACUCUAACAUCGUAACUCCUAUGCCAUCCACUUAAAUUUCAUAUUUACUAACACUUGUUUACGUUUCGGUCAGACUGUACUAAAUUUCAUCCCUUGAAUUCUUAUAAUAACGUCACUUCGAAUUGAUUUGUAAUCGGUA